GACGAGAAAUUAGUUAGCCCAGAGACUUCCAAUAAUAAAAAGCUCCUUCUCAGUAUUUCCCGUAAUUUUUUUAAAUCCAAUAAUAUUUCGCGCAUUUUAGAUAUUCCUUUUAAACUAUAAGAAUUGUUCAGUGUUUGGAAUAAUAAAGAAUCAUGGCAAACACACUGAAACAAAUUUCCUUAACUUGUUCAGGCCAUACUCGACCUGUUUGCCACCUGGAUUUUAGCGAUAUCACGGAUUGUGGUACCAGUUUUCUCAUUAGCGCUUGUAAAGAUGGAAAACCCAUGUUAAGACUUGGUGAUACCGGAGAUUGGGUUGGAACUUUUGAAGGACAUAAGGGUGCUGUAUGGGGAGUCAGCCUUAACAAAAUGGCAACAUUAGCUGCAAGUGGCGCUGCUGACUUCUCUGCAAAGAUUUGGGAUGCAACCACUGGUGAAGAAAAGUGUAAUUUUCAGCAUAAUCAUAUCGUUAAAACUGUGGCAUUUGAUGAGAAAAGUCUUCAUUUACUUACCGGUAAUAACGAAAAAUUAAUGAGAGUAUUUGACUUAAGCCAAUCAGACACAAACCCUGCUGUAGAGAUUUACGCAGGUCAUAAUGGUGCUAUAAGAAGAGCUUUCUUUUGUCGUAAUGAUAAAUGUAUUGUAAGCUGUGCUGAAGAUCAAACAGUCAGAAUUUGGGAUCGUUCCACUGGAAGUGAAGUUCAACAUAUUGGUUUCUCAUCUAACCCAAGUAACAUCGAAAUUUCUAAAGAUGGAUCAAUUCUUACUGUCACAAAUGGUUCAAAUGUCUCGUUCUUUGAAAUGGAUUCUUUGAAAAAGAUUAAAGAAAUUUCUGUUCCUACAAAGCUUGCUUCUGCAAGUCUUCACCCCGAUAAAUUGGUUUUUGUAUGCGGCGGAGAAGAUUUUAAAAUUUAUAAAUUUGAUUACAUCACUGGAAACGAGAUUGAAUCUUUCAAAGGACAUUUUGGCCCCGUACAUGCAAUAUCUUUCAGUCCUGAUGGUGAACUAUAUGCUAGUGGAAGUGAAGAUGGCACCGUUCGUUUGUGGCAGACAACUAAAAUGCAUGAGUUAUUCGCAAACGUUUUAGCAAAACGAGAUCUUUCACGGGCUGGCGAAUUGUUUUUCAUUCCCGAUGACGAUAUCGUUGAUGAUUUGACUGAUGUGCUGCUGGAAAUCUCCAAGAUCAUAUCUCAUUCACGUUUUUUGGAAGUAAAAAAUGAUCAGUCAGUUAUAGAAAUCUGCGUGAAUCGUUGCACAUCAUGUAUUCGUGAGACUGACAGUGCCGAAAGACAUUGUCAAGGCCUGGUACGAUUACUUGAAACAUGUCUGCAAUUCAAUCACAAGCCUCAAUCGAAGCCAAGUGAGGAUCCUCCUCAUGCUAAAAUAUCUGCUGAUAUCAUUUCAUGUAUUUUUCUUAAUUACAAUAAAAAAUUUGUAAUGGAGUUGGCGCUACCUGUUGCUGUAAAAUUCUUAAAUAAAGAGAACAAGGAACUUUCAAAGAACCUUGCAUCCUACCUGUCAUUGGCUGCUAUCGAAUAUACUAAUCUUCUUGUGCCUUACAUUGAUAUAAUCUUAAAUUCAUUGCUCAAUGGAAAUUAUUCUUUAGCGCGUGUCGUUUUGCAGUUGUACGAAAUGUCAAGCGAAACUGCUAUUAUAACAAGAAUGCGCAGUAUUAUUGACAUUCUUCCAAAAUGUGAUACAAUAGAUAAAAAUAUUCUGCUGCAGUUAAUUGCGAUGGUUGUUUAUUCAGCCAAUAGCUCAACGAAUAAAGGAAUAAUUUUCCUGAUCGUCGACAAACUGCCUCAAUUCUUCGAUCUAAUUCUGAUGACCUCAGCAUCAACACAAGCACUUAUCGUUCUUCUUCGUUUAGCUGAAAAGAAGCCAGUAGUUCUCUACGAAUAUUUAAAUCUGCUUAUUAUGACUGCCAAAAAACUUCCACACACCAUUUGUCUUGUCGGUCAAAUUCUCUCAGCCAUCGGUAAGAAGAAUAAGGAAAGAGCACAAAUUGCUCUCGAAUUUAUUAUGGAAAACUUACCAAACACUGAUCAGUCAUCGCAAACAAUUUUACUUCAAGAAGCUGUUAAACUUUGUUCACAUUAUCCCGUGCUUUUCAAUGAUAAAUUAACAGAUGUAAUUAGGCAGAGAAAUUUAAGUCAACAAAAUCUUUUAGCAGGAGGACAAAAGUCAACUAACGGAAAUGUCACAAUUGUUAAUCUAAAUUCCGAAACUCAACUUUUAUCACAACAAAAUGCUUUUCUCAUGUCAAAAAUACUUAUAAAUCCAACUCAAAAUGCAACAGCAGCAUUAACGUCAACACCAUCUGCUAUCAACAAUCAAAGUUCCAUUCCAAUUCCUUCAAAUAGUUCUUCACAGCAUUAUUCUCGUCGUCCAAAAUUCGGUGAUUCUAGAUCUACUGGUAGAUUGAACAAUGGAAUUGGAAACAAUAGUGCUCAUCGUUCGAUGACACGUUUAAGUGCUGUUGGAAUUAACAACUCGAAUCUUGGUGGUUUGCAUAAGAGUAUGACUCGUCUUUCUUCAUCACAGCAAAUCAAUCAAGCGCAAUAUCCAGUGGGAAGCAGCUGUAAUUCAAACAAUGUUGUUGAGAAUAAUUAUAUUUCACCUACAAUUCCACCCCCACUAAGUCAUCAUGUUACAAUAACUGGAGAGAAUAAAUGGGGAAUUCCGAGUACGAAAAUAACAUCAUGUGGAGUCACAGUUAAUCACACUUCACCAACUCGAUACAGAUCAGCAUUACAAGGAGCUAUUGCUAUGGGAUCGAUAGAAAAAUGUUCAACAAAUGCGCUUAAUCAAUCAACAGGGUCAAUAACUAUGCAAAAUAAUAAUAUUUCUGUUCAACAUGCAAUGAGUUUGAUUCCACAAAUUUCCGCUUCUUCUUUAAUUCCACCACCAGCGCCACCACUUUCUCCGCCUUUAGUAGCAUCAGAAAUGAGUAAUCAAGUUGUUGUAAGUGGCCCAACUACCAUCACAUCAAGAACUAAUAAUCGAAGCAAUAACAAAUCAGUGACUUUAUUAAAUGCUAAUAAUGUUAAUCAUCGCAUGAGUGUUUUUGAGCCAUCAAUGCGUGAUACUAUUCAACAUUUUUGCGAGAAGCAUUUAGAUAAGAUUAAAGGAUAUAUGAAGACUGUAGCUCAUCGUUUGCCACCACCAGCUAAAUGCACAAUAGAAGAACGUCGUGCAAAGAAAUUCGCGAAACUUCAUUUCGCAUGUCAGGCCCGUGGAGAUCAUUGCUUGUAUUCAAAAACAUUUUUCAGUAUGAGAACGCGUCAUGCAAAAGUUUGGAUUCAUUUGAUGUUUCUAGAUCUGCAGUCACGUUCUGAUCAUGCUCUUAGCUCUUAUGAUAGCUGUGUAUCAAGUUUAAAACAUUGCUGGGAUACUUUAAAGAUAGAAAAUCGCACAUUCAUCACAUUAGUAACAAGCGCUUUUCCACCAAUUCGUGAACAGGAUGCGCUUAUCAAUGAACUUCGUAAUUCAGGUUUUUUUGAUGUCUUUGAGAAUGGAAACAAUAAUAGUUUGAAUAGUCUUGAUGAUGAUGUUCGUUGGGGAUGUUUUCUCUGUAAUCAUCCAGAAAAAGCAGUGUUUCUGGAAAACAAUUCUCAACCUGUUAUUGAAGGACAACUCAAGGAAAAAAAAGGGAAAUGGAGGCUUUUCAGACGUUGGCGAACACGCUACUUUACCUUAUCAGGAGCACAUCUAUCAUGCAAAGGAUCGAGCGGUGGUGAUGCUUCAAUAAACAUCAAUCAAAUUCGAUCAGUUAAAGUUUCUCGUGGAGCUAGGCAUGUUCCUACAUGUUUUGAAAUAUUCACUGGUAAUCAGACUUUAAUUCUGAAGCCAACUGAUGGAGAAAAAGCUGAAGAAUGGGUUCAGUUAUUAAUGGUUGUUGCUCAACAUUCGCAAGCUCGAGACGGGUUUACAAAAAGUAAUAGUCUACCAUCUAGUGGUUCACGGCGAGAAAAUAAUUCAAGUCCGUCUGAAAAAGAUUUUUUAAGAAUAUUUGAACAGAAUACCAUAAUGAAAAACAUCAUCUUAACAACUGGAUUACUUCUUGCAAUGUUCCGUUCUGUGUUAUCAAUUCGAUGUUAUGCCUGCAAUUCUUCUGACACAUCGUCUCCAUUCCAAUGUGGUGAAUAUUUUGAUCGAUAUGAUAAGCCAGAUGUUGAUCUAAAUGAUUGUUCAAGCGUUCAUGGAGCAAAAUACUGCAUUAAGCAUAUUGGAAGAUUCGAAGUUCUAACAAUAAAAUGUUAUCAAUGCAAGUCGUCAGACACAAUUGAAUGUUCCGAUGUAAUGAUCAAUAUGCAUGAUGCUAAAUUGAAACCGGAGAAAUGUGAUCAUGUCAUUGGUGCAAAAUAUUGUAUAAAAUCAACAUCAUUAGAAAGUGGAAUAGGAGCGAUACGUUAUUGCUCUUCAAAGGAUUUGGGAAAUUAUUGCAACUAUGUUCAGAAUAAAGGUGACCAAAUGGAAUAUCGCUCUUGUAUCUUCACCUGUGAAUCCGAUGGGUGUAACGAGGCUUCUAAAAAGCAUUAUUCCAUCAUUAGCAUCAUGUCACACUUGCCUGAAUCUAUAAUUGUUAACAAAACACCAGACAACAUGUCUUCAGAAAUGAUAUCAAUGUUAGAAAAUUUCAAUAAAAAGAAGCCUUUGAACUCUUCGACUUCAUCAACACCGAACACUUUAUCUACAAAUAGUUUAUCAUCUCGAAAGAAUCUUUUAAAUUCAUCUAGCAAUACGUCAUCGUCAGUAUCAAAAUCAUCACAAGACGAUAUAAAUAAUAUGAAAAGUGAUUUAAAAAACGACAAGAAGAAGAAAAUGGUAUUAAAUAGUUCGUCAACUACAACUUCACGUGUGGCGAAAACAACUUCUUCACAACGUCUCCACCAUAUAACAGCUAGUAGUUCUUCAUCAUCACAAUCUCAACUAUCGACAGCAUCAUCAGGAAAUGUUGUGAAUCCACAUGCGCUUAAGAGAGACCUCAAUGAAUUUAAGAAUUCGAUGAGCGAAAUUAACAAUUUAGCAGCCCGUGCUAAUCAAAUGUCUGAGUUACAAAAAAGUAGUGAACAGGCAACAACAAACGCCGCAGAGAUCAAAGAACUUCAAGCCGGUGACUUGAAUUUUAAGGAGGCAAAGAGUGUAGCAGCGAUGAGAAAUAGAAUGGAAGUUGAUGGUUUAAAGACCGAGGAAGCAAAUGCUGUUCUGCAGAGUUUGAAAUUUAAACACCAAAAAAUGUCGAAUGAUGGUUCAAGUUAUAAACCGUGGAAAGUUCGCAAAGGAAUUUUCAAAUCUACUGGAACUUCUGAUUACACAGUUGAACCGAGAAACACUCCUAGUCCAGUAAUCGAUUUUCCGAUGUCCCCAACGUCAGCGACUCCAACAAUGACACCUUGUUCACCUCUAAGUCCAACGACAAGUCCACAUAUAAUAGUUAUUGAGAAUCGACCUUCGCCUCCCCUUACACAACCGAACACUCCUACUAUUCGUCUAAAAAUACGCGAAAUUCCGGAAGCGCGAUUAAUCAAAGCAGGAGAGUUUCAGCAGAACGAUACAAACAACGUUGAAGCGUCAAGUUUUAAAGUUCAGCAUGAACAAUUCAGUGCUGAAAAGCGAGCUAUAAAGCAAGCCCAACAAAGUCAAACUAAAACAUCAACGGGUACAUUCAAUCAAGAGCAGAUUCAUCACAAAUCUCAAAUGUCGUAUAAUAGCAGUAGCAUGGUAACGCAGUCAUCCCAAUACAGCACUUCUAGUCUCACGAGUAAUUGGGAUGGUGAAAUGUUACAAAACUUUGAAGAUUUGGAGAAGCUCUGCUCUUCCAGUAAUCCCUUGGAUGUUGAACAAGCAAUCUUAAAGUAUUCACAGCAUGUCAACAAUUGCGUACGACAAAUGAGUUUGGCAAAAACUCCCAGCGUUCUUGAUAAUUUAAAUGAAAUUAUUCGACGUGCAUGGGCAGUUCCCACUCAUGGUCAUGAGCUCGGUGCUAAUUUAUGUAAUGCAUUAAAGCAAAAUGGAGGUUUAGAUCUUUUGAUGAAGAAUUGCAUGGAGGGAGAUAAAGAACUUCAGUUCUCUUCAGCAAGACUACUCGAACAAUGUUUGACGACGGAAAAUCGAGCACAUGUCGUUGAGAAUGGUCUCGAUAAAGUCGUGAAUGUCGCGUGUGUCUGUACAAGAAAUGCGAAAACUGAUCAUUCACGUGUUGGCACUGGAAUCCUGGAACAUCUUUUUAAACAUAGCGAAGGAACGUGUAGUGAUGUCAUUCGACUAGGUGGUCUCGAUGCUGUACUUUUUGAAUGCCGAAAAAAUGAUGUUGAAACAUUACGUCAUUGUGCAGGCGCUUUAGCGAAUCUAUCGUUAUAUGGUGGAGCGGAGAAUCAAGAAGCAAUGAUCAAUCGUAAAGUUCCCAUGUGGCUAUUUCCAUUAGCUUUUCAUGACGAUGACAACAUCAAAUAUUAUGCUUGUUUGGCGAUAGCAGUUCUAGUCGCUAAUAAAGAAAUUGAAGCUGAAGUGUUGAAGUCAGGCACGUUGGAUCUUGUGGAACCUUUCGUAACAACUCACAAUCCAUAUGAGUUCGCAAAAUCGAACUUGGCACAUGCUCAUGGACAAAGCAAGCAUUGGUUACAGCGACUGGUGCCUGUGCUUAGCUCGAAGAGAGAAGAAGCAAGAAAUUUGGCGAGUUUUCAUUUCUGUAUGGAAGCUGGCAUUAAAAAGCAGCAGGGAAACACAGAAAUCUUCCGUGAAAUUGGUGCCAUUGAACCUUUGAAAAAGGUAGCAAGUUGUCCCAAUGCCAUUGCAUCAAAAUUCGCUGCUCAAGCAUUGCGUUUGAUAGGUGAAGCCGUUCCACAUAAGCUUUCACAGCAAGUACCAUUAUGGUCAGUGGAAGAUGUCCGAGAAUGGGUGAAACAAAUAGGAUUCGGCGAAUACGAACAUAAUUUCUUUGAUUCAAAAGUUGAUGGCGAUCUGUUGCUUCAAUUAACUGAAAUAAACUUAAAAGAAGACCUUGGAAUAUUCAAUGGAAUUCGUCGUAAACGUUUUGAACGAGAACUUCAAAAUUUAAAGAAAAUGGCAGACUAUUCGUCAAGAGAUUCUACAAAUCUUAACACAUUCUUACUUCAAAUUGGUCCAGAAUAUUCAAUCUACACAUAUUCAAUGUUAAAUGCUGGUGUUGAUAAAGAUUCUAUUCGUAUUCUUAAUGACGAUCAAUUGCUUGCUGAAUGUGGCAUUUCCAAUUCAAUUCAUCGAUCAAGAAUCUUGAACAUUCUCUCAGGAAUGGAGAGUGCUAUAGGACCAACAAAUGAAGAUUGUCCUGACAAGACACUCGAUGUCUUUGUUUCUUAUCGUCGCAGUAAUGGUUCUCAAUUAGCUAGCCUAUUGAAAGUUCAUUUACAAUUGCGUGGAUUUAGUGUCUUCAUUGAUGUUGAGAGACUUGAAGCAGGAAAAUUCGAUAACAAUCUUCUUCAAAGUAUCAAACAAGCAAAACAUUUCUUGUUGGUUCUAACACCUCGUGCAUUGGAACGAUGUAUUGAAGAUGCUGAAUGUAAAGAUUGGGUUCAUCGUGAAAUUGUAGCAGCCUUAAAUGCAAACUGCAACAUUAUUCCUAUUAUUGAUAAUUUUUCAUGGCCAGAACCAGAAAAACUUCCUGAAGAUAUGCGAAGUGUGUGCCAUUUUAAUGGAGUUAGAUGGAUUCAUGACUAUCAAGAUGCAUGUGUGGAUAAACUUGAAAGAUUCAUGCGUGGUGAACUCAACAUUCGAAACGAAUAUCGAAAUGCUUUGAAUCGUGCCGGUCUUGACAUCACAGCACCAUCGACACCUGGUACAGCAUCUUCAAUGAGAAGCAACCCUCCAAGUUAUCAACGAAUGCACAGCAAUGAUUCUAACAAAGCUAAUGACAGCAAAGAUGGAAUAACUUUACCUCCGCUUCCCCCAAUUCGUGUUACCAGCAGUAAUCGCACUCAAAGCUUAGAUGGCCUUUUGGAUUCAUAUGAUAAUUUUCAAUGGCCGAGAAACGUUAAAGACAGUGUUACAAAUAAUGUUACAGCAGAGGGAUCCGUUACAAAGAAUCCAGAUGAUAACUCAUCGGAAACGAAUACAAAUAAUAAUAACAGAAAUAAUGAAAGCAGAGCCGAUAAUAGAAAUAAAAACAAUCGAAGAUCAAAAAGUCUCGAUGAUCUUCUUGAUGAUGAAGUUCUGUUAAUUGUUGAAGAUGAUUGUGGAACUAAAAGUAUGGAAAAUAUUCAUGGAAGUGUAGAUAUGAAGAUUGCCGGUGCUGCUGCUGUUGCUAAUUCUUCUGAUGAUGUUCCCGUCCCAUCUGACAAAAGUCAUAUUUUGUCGGAUGAUUCCAAAGAUUCGAUCUUAAUGAUGCAAACAGAUUCAGAGACCGACAAUGACACUUCUCAUAAUGAUUCAGGUAUUCAAAGCAACCAAAAUAUUUCUUCAACAUCACAAUCCAUGAAAAGUCAUUUAGAUCAAGAUUUUGAUGAUCUUGAUUCAGAUGAUAAAGUUUCAAAUACGAUCUCACUCACAUCAUCAUCAGCUUCAGAGAAAAAACCUGAAAAGAAAUUCCUCAACAAAUGUGUUAAAAAGAUCAAA